GAUGCCUGCCAUGUGGGCUAGGCCGGCGACCGGCGUGAAUGUUCGCGUCUCCUUGAUCGGCUAAUCUGUAGCUUAUCGUGUUUAUCCAUUUCUUCCUCCUUUCAUCGGCUUUCUUUGUUUCUUUUUCACACCACAACCUCUUUCAGAUCGCGACGUUCCGGUCGGCGACGCUCCUUAACAUCUGAUUUCCUUCAAUAAUUUCGUCAAAAGAAAGCAGUGAUCACAAUGUCUUUGACCACUGACGGAGAAAACUUGGCCAAGCCAAAGACGGGGUCCAGCUCAGGACCAAGCUCAGGACCGGAGGUGGAGAAGGGAGUUGUUGCACCAGAUGGACCUGUCAAUCCUGCACAAGAUCCUGACACCACCAUGGCAAUCCUCGAUCUGGUCAAGGCAAAUGAUGUCCACCAUCCCAUGAACUGGCCUUCUUGGAAGCGUUGGGUUAUCAUCACGAUCUACUGCUUCUUGCAGCUGUUCGUCACGCUCACCAGCACCACCUACGUCAGCGCGGAGUGGAUGAUCCAGGAGAAAUGGGGUGGAAGCACUCAGGUCGUUACUCUUGGCCAAAGCUUGUUCAUUAUUGGCAACGCAGUUGGUCCCGCUUUCAUGGGUCCUUUGGCCGAUAUUGGGGGUCGCAAAUGGGUCUAUGUUGCUAGCAUCACGGCAUAUGCUAUCUUGAACUUCGGAACCGCAUAUGCGCGAAACCUUCCCAUGCUCAUCAUCUUCAUGUUCUUGGCCGGCACUGCCGGAUCGACCGCUCUCUCCAAUGUUGCUGGAACCAUCGCGGAUCUCUUUGGUGACGUCGAUGGCGCCGGUCAAGCAAUGGCUCUCUUCGUGGUCAGCGCCAAUGUUGGACCUUCCCUUGGAUCUCCAGUUGGUGGUUGGAUUACUGCCAACUCGAGUCUCGGUCUCAAAUGGAUCUUCUUGAUCAACGUUAUCAUCGGCUUUGGUUUCGCAAUUAUCAUGUGUUUCAUCCCAGAGACACUUCCGAGAUUGGUCAUCGCAAAGGCAGCUGCCAAGGCUGAGGAUGUAGAUGCGGAUGAGGCGGCCAUCUUGAGGAGCAAAGUCAACGUUCUCCAGGAGCUCCGAUUCGUUGCUACGAUGACAUUCCGAAUCAUCUUCACAGAGCCCAUUGUUCUUUGCCUUGGUAUCUACAACGGUUUUGCCUAUGGCAUCCUCUUCCUGUACUUGGAUGGCGUUUUCGAUGUCUUCGUCGUCAACAACGGUCUUUCUGACAUCUCGGCCGAUCUCACCUACCUCAACUUCGUCGUCGGAGUCCUGGUCAUGUUCGCAUUCAUUCCCGUGCAAACCUGGUUCUACGCCCGCGACCGCAAGAUCCACGGCCACAAUCGCCCGGAGGCCCGCUUCAUCGUCUCCUUGGUCACCGUUUGGCUCUUCCCCAUCACCCUCCUCUGGUUCGCUUUCACCAGCAAUGGCAAGACUUCCUACUGGUCCCCCGUUGUCGCUGGAGGUAUCCUGGGUUUCGCCGAUCCCCUGCUUUGGUUGAGCAUGUUGAACUACAUCACUGAUUCCUAUCCCAACGUCGCCGCUAGCGCAAUCGCCGCCUUCCUCAUCCCGAGUUUCAUCAUGGCCGCCGCGCUCGCGCAUCUGGGCGUCCUGAUGUUCGAGAACAUGAGCACCACCUGGGCCAUGGCCACCAUCGGAUUCAUCUCCUUUGGCCUCUGCGCCCUCAUCUACUUCAUCUACUUCUUCGGCGCCAAGAUCCGAGAGCGCUCGAAGCUUGCGAAGUCCUUCUAGGCCGCUUUCCUUGUCUUCCUUCGCCUCCAUUUUCCGACCUUCGGUCAAUAAUUUUCGGGUUUGCGGUCUGCGGUGGUGCACUAGGUUCAUUCCUUUCUGUUGUAUUAUAAGGGAGCGUUUGGGACAUGCAUGGCUGAGCUGUGCCGGGAUGGUUGUGGAAUAGGGAGCUAGGAGAUAAAGUAGAUAGAGUGAGCGAGUGAGCAAUUGCAUGGUACCGAAGGUAUAGAUGAGCCUACAUACAAACAAAGACACAGAGAGAUGAAUGAUAAUGAUUUGCUGAUUACAAAAAAUUUAGCCUCUGUCCUAAUGCCGUGACCGAAACUUCAUGGAACACGUUGAAC